GCGGGUCUGGAGCACGGCCGGGUCUAAUAUGCCCAGAGCCGAGGCGCGAUGAAGGAGAAAUCCAAGAAUGCGGCCAAGACCAGGAGGGAGAAGGAAAAUGGCGAGUUUUACGAGCUGGCCAAGCUGCUCCCGCUGCCGUCGGCCAUCACCUCGCAGCUGGACAAAGCGUCCAUCAUCCGACUCACCACGAGCUAUCUGAAGAUGCGCGCCGUCUUCCCCGAAGGGUUAGGAGACGCGUGGGGACAGCCAAGCCGCGCCGGACCCCUGGACAGCGUCGCCAAGGAGCUGGGAUCGCACUUGCUGCAGACUUUGGAUGGAUUUGUUUUUGUGGUAGCAUCUGAUGGCAAAAUCAUGUAUAUAUCCGAGACCGCCUCUGUACAUUUAGGCUUGUCCCAGGUGGAGCUCACGGGCAACAGUAUUUAUGAGUACAUCCAUCCUUCCGACCACGAUGAGAUGACCGCGGUCCUCACGGCCCACCAGCCUCUGCACCAUCACCUGCUGCAAGAAUAUGAGAUAGAGAGGUCAUUCUUCCUUCGAAUGAAGUGUGUCUUGGCGAAAAGAAACGCGGGCCUGACCUGCAGUGGAUACAAGGUCAUCCACUGCAGCGGUUACCUGAAGAUAAGGCAGUAUAUGCUGGACAUGUCCCUGUACGAUUCCUGCUACCAGAUCGUGGGGCUGGUGGCCGUGGGCCAGUCGCUGCCGCCCAGCGCCAUCACCGAGAUCAAGCUGCACAGCAACAUGUUCAUGUUCAGGGCCAGCCUCGACCUGAAGCUAAUAUUCCUGGACUCCAGGGUCACCGAGCUGACGGGGUACGAGCCGCAGGACCUGAUCGAGAAGACCCUGUACCACCACGUGCAUGGCUGCGAUGUGUUCCCCCUCCGCUAUGCACACCACCUCCUGCUGGUGAAGGGCCAGGUCACCACCAAGUACUACCGGCUCCUGUCCAAGCGGGGCGGCUGGGUGUGGGUGCAGAGCUACGCCACCGUGGUGCACAACAGCCGCUCGUCCCGGCCCCACUGCAUCGUGAGUGUCAAUUAUGUACUCACGGAGAUCGAAUACAAGGAACUGCAGCUGUCCCUAGACCAAGUGUCCACCUCCAAGUCCCAGGACUCCUGGAGGACCGCCUUGUCUACCUCACAAGAAACUAGGAAAUUAGCUAAACCCAAAAAUACGAAGGUGAAGACAAAGCUGAGAACAAACCCUUAUCCCCCACAGCAAUACAGCUCUUUCCAAAUGGACAAACUGGAAUGCGGCCAGCUUGGAAACUGGAGAGCCAGUCCCCCCGUGAGCGCUCCGGCUCCCCCAGACCCACAGCUCCAUUCAGAAAGCAGCGAAUUCCUGUACGCGCCAUCGUAUGGCCUGCCCUUCUCCUACCAUUACGGACACUUCCCUCUGGACUCUCACGUCUUCAGCAGCAAAAAGCCAGUGCUGCCGGCCAAGUUCGGGCAGCCCCAAGGAUCCCCUUGUGAGGUGGCACGCUUUUUCCUGAGCACGCUGCCAGCCAGCGGCGAGUGCCAGUGGCAUUAUGCCAACCCCCUAGUGCCUAGCAGCCCAUCUCCGGCUAAAAACCCUUCCGAGCCACCAGCGAACACUGCUCGGCACAGUCUCGUGCCAAACUACGAAGGUGGGUCAGGUUUGCCUGCGGGGAAGGGAGGAGGAUGAGGAUGGGGAACAGCAGGGGGCGUGGCGGCCGUGGCAGAGGGUGGCAGAUGGAAAAAGAAUCGUCAGGUCUCUGGCAAACUUUUCCUUCUGCUUCUAAGUAGAACUUGCUUUGCUUUGCUGUGUUCAGUGUGAGUGCUUCCCGAGAGUGAGAGAAACAGUCUAUGUGCCUUGGGGAUACCAGUGAUAGCACAAAGGGCAAAGGAAACCCCAGUAUGCAGCCUUCAUGUAUAUCCUGACCUCGUUCACUCCCCAAAAGGAGACAGUGAUUUUCAAACCCAGCUCCCAUGUGCUGAGAAGGCCCCGGCUGUAUUUAUUUUACAAGAUACCUUUCCAUUCUGCCCAGAAAUUAGCAUGAAAGACAAGCUUGCCUAUUGGCUUCCUUCCCAUGCCAGCUUUGAAAACAAUGGUGGAAAUUCAUGGGCUCAGGGACAGAAAUGCCACUUACGAACCCAGGGCAAAUAACACGAACAUUUCAGGCCUCCGUUUCUUCAUCUAUAAAAUGGAAUCAUAAACUGUGUCAUAUGCCUGGCCCAGGACUUGGCACACAGUAGGGACAUGCUAGUUCAACAAUAACAGGUAAAAUAGACUUUUUGCCUUCUCUUCCUGGUGGCAGGCAAGCUGGUGUCCUCCAUGGGAGUGCCACCAGCUAACCAGGACACAGACAGACUCUUGUUUGUUCAUUAGAACAACCCCAGGCAGAGGCUGGAAAGUGGAGAUUGAGGGUCAGCUACAGGA